UCCUCUUUGAGCUGUGCCACACUGAACCCUUGCCAAGAUGAUGGACAUGUCGGAAUUCGGGGAGGCUGCUCCCUUCCUCCGAAAGAGCGAGAAGGAGCUGAUGAUGGCGCAGACCGUCGCCUUCGAUGGGAAGAAGAAAUGUUGGGUUCCUGAUGAAAAGAAAGCUUACGUUGAAGCUGAAAUUACAGAAACCAGCGGUGGCAAAGUGACUGUGCAGACGACAGAUGGAAGGACCAUGACUAUAAAAGAAGAUGACGUGCAGUCAAUGAACCCUCCCAAAUUUGACAUGAUCGAGGACAUGGCUAUGCUGACCCAUCUGAACGAGGCGUCUGUGUUGUACAAUCUGAGAAAGCGCUACAGCAACUGGAUGAUCUAUACCUAUUCAGGCUUAUUCUGUGUGACUAUAAAUCCCUACAAGUGGUUGCCCGUCUACAAGUCAGAGGUGGUUGCUGCAUACAAAGGCAAGAGGCGCUCGGAGGCUCCUCCCCACAUCUUCUCCAUCGCUGAUAACGCGUACCACGACAUGCUGCGUAAUCGGGAGAAUCAGUCUAUGCUGAUCACCGGAGAAUCCGGUGCUGGCAAGACUGUCAACACGAAACGCGUCAUCCAGUACUUUGCCACAGUGGCAGCCCUGGGUGAACCUGGCAAAAAGAACCAACCAGCUACCAAAACUGGG